AUGGAUCGAAUUAAUUUUGUUUUGCAAAGGAACAUUCAUUCACAUUUGCGUUGGCUAAUUUGUGGUUUAAUUUUUUGUUGUUGUAGUAUGGGUAUUUCUUUGUGGCCGGUGAUUUAUUUAAAUAAAGGAGUAAGUCUUGAUUUUUAUUUGUGGGUUGGAAUUCCGAUUGCCGACGUUUUUUCCUUCCGCUUUUCAAAAAAAUUUUUGAUUUCCGAAUUCCGACUUUUGAGCCAGUUCCUAGUUCCGGCUCCCGAUUUCCGACACCUCGGACUGUUCCUACCCACCUCUGGUAUAUAGCAGGAAUUUCUGUUGGGGGAUCUUUGGCAAAGCUAAAAAUUAAAUUGGGGCAAGAAACUUUUAUCUGUUUUGAAGUCACGUAGAGAUUUUCCGAUUUUUGGUGGAUCCUCGUCUCAAUCUGUAAGG